AUGGUGCAAGGCGUCAUCUUCCCUUGCAUGGGGAACAUCCUUGGAGUGAUCCUCUUCCUCCGUGGACCCUGGAUCGUUGGCAAGGGAGGCAUCCUUGAAGCCUUUGGCGUGGGCCUGGUUUGUUGCACUUGCACCUUCCUCACAACGCUGAGCCUUUCAGCUAUUGCCACAAAUGGAAAGAUUGCUGGGGGCGGAGCUUAUUACCUGAUCUCGCGGUCACUGGGCCCGGCCUUGGGGGCCGGUGUGGGUCUCUGCUUCUACAUGGCGAACUCCAUUGGGGCUGCCAUGUACUUCAUGGGUUGUGUAGAAGCUUGGGAGAUCGCGCAGCCCCAGUACCAGAUUGGGGAAAUCGGCGACCUGAACAAUGUGCGGAUGACGGGCUACGUGAUCUUGGUCUUUGCUGUCGUUAUCAUCUUUGGCGGGAUCAAGUAUGUUUCCCGACUGGGGACUGUUUUUCUUAUGGUGGUCCUGUUUGUCAUCCUCUGCAUGUACGUGGGCUGCCUGAUGGGUCCAAACGAUCUGCGGCCAGCCAGCUAUAUAGUAGACCUGGUCACAGCAGAUGGUUCCACCGUUUCGAGAACGCUCACAUGGACAGGUCCAUCAAGUUCCUCCUUCUCAGACAACUGGGCUUCAGCUUGGGAUGCACCGCAAGGAGCUUUUCCCAAGGACACCACACAGUACAGCUUUGUGAACAUGAUGGGCCUUUACUUCCCUUCCGUGACUGGCAUCAUGGCUGGAGCCAAUCGUUCGGCGGACCUCAUGGACCCCACGAGUGCCAUCCCGAAAGGGACUCUCUUCGCUCAGCUCUCAACAUCCUUCAUCUACCUCUCCUUCAUUUUCGUGUUCGGUAGUGUUGCUCCCCGAGAGACUCUACUGAACGACAAGUUUUUUGCAUCAACCUCGGCUUUCCCUUUCAAGGAGAUUGUCAUCUACGGUGUUAUGGCCUCCAGCUUGGGCGCGGGCUUGAACUCGCUUGUCUCAGGAACCAAGCUACUCAGUGCUAUUGCUGGCGAUGGAACCCUGCCGAUUCUCCGCAUUUUUCGUGCUGCUCCUGGAAAAGAGCCCCGACUUGCGCUUCUGGCAAGUGGAGCCCUUUGUGCGCUGUCAAUCACCAUUGGUGAGUUGAAUGCCAUUGCACCACUUCUGACAAUGUUCUUCCUAAUGUGCUACACCUGUGUAAACAUGUCCUGUACCAUCCUGCACUUUGUCAGCGACCCCAAUUGGCGUCCAACCUUCCGCUACCAUCACUGGUCUAUUUCACUGAUUGCUGCUGCUCUCUGUGUCUGGAUGAUGUUUGCCAUGGCAGCCGUUAUCGCGAUGGCGGCAAUCCUUUUCUGCGGCCUGAUCCUCGCGUACGCUGCCUACAAUUCCGCGAACACGAAGUGGGGCGAUGGCUUCCAGGGCAUGAAGUUCCAGCUGGCAAAGAACAUCCUGAUCAGUAUGGAUGCCAAGCUGCACACUAAGAAUUGGCGACCUCAGCUGCUGGUCGUCACAGAGCCGAAGAUGAGGCCACUCAGCUCCUCCGAGGGAUCUGCGCUGCUAUUCCCCGACCUUGGGAUUCUGAAGAUCGCCUCGCAGCUCAAGAAUGGUCGUGGCUUUAUCGUCCUAGGCGGCAUCUGUUGUGCGAAGGGUCCAGGGAAGCUCCUCUCGCAGGGAGGGCUCUUCCUAAGUGAGAAGAUGUCGGAUCAGGUUGCAGAGAGCCACUACGAGGUGAAAGAGCUUCUGAGAAAGUACAUGAUUGAUGGCUUCGGCAAGAUCGUGUACUCGGAGGACUUCACCACGGCCCUUACAGACCUGGUCCAAUCAUCGGGCCUUGGAGCUUUUGAGCCCAAUUGUGUCCUGGCUUCCUGGCCCAAGGAUGCCUUGGAGCUUGGAAGGGCUGGAGUAGAGACUCGUACAAAGCUCGUAAAUAUGGUGCAGAUUUCCGCAAUUUUCCAGAAGGUGAUGAUCCUGACCAAGGGGCAAGAAUGGCCUGAGUUCGAUGACCGAAAGAAUGGGACCAUUGACAUUUGGUGGAUCGUUGGAGACGGUGGCGUUCUGCUGUUGCUGCCCUGCCUGCUGAAGAAGCAUCGAGUUUGGUCCGGCUGUCGCAUUCGUCUCUUCGUGCUUGCAGACAGGGCUGGUGAUGAUGUCGAUCUCAUGCAGCGCGAGCUGGACAUGUACGUUCGAGACUUCCGGCUUAAUGUGGAGGUCCACAUCAAGGUUGUGGAUGAAGUUGUCGAGGGUGGUAUGUCACCGCGUGGCGCCAGUGCCACGGGUGUGCAGUUUGGCAUGGAGCAGCCGCCGGAUGACACUGUGCCUAGCGAGUAUACUGCCCUGGAAGAAGGGAUGCUGAAAGGUGAGCGGAAACAAGAUCAUCUGAAGGUGGAGCAUCACGAUCAGCCAAUGCGUGUCACCAGCGGGCAGAGCCUGACGGAUACGCUGAAAACCUGGCGUGGCCGACAAUUUCAGCGAGAGCGUUCUUUUGACAGCAAAGUCAGCGGUGGCUCCGGCGAGAACAGCAAAAGCAUGAACUCCCACACCUGGUCUGCACGACACAACCUGAAGCAGUUCCCAGAGCGGUUGAAAGAGUGGAAUGUGCCUCAGGAUAUGCUGACCAUGAACUCCAUGACAGAUCCAGGCCCUGGUGCCCAGGCAGCUGGCAAGGCCAUGCCGUCAGUCGACCAGCUGCACUUCGGUGAUGAUCGGCAGACCUCAGACAGGCAAAUUCCGGCGCCCAACCACGCCAAUCCGCUGGCCUCGGAUAUUUCUGGCAACUUCCAGCGCCAGGUCAGCGCUAACGAAGGAAAAAGGACCUUGUUCUUGCAUGAUGCGCGGCAACUGUCCGCUACGGCACCCUGUUCGCCCGAGGAGCUGUCAGUGGUGUCGGUCUUGAACAAGCUCAUCUUGGAGGAGUCAGAGGAGUCCGACUUGGUGUGCACGAACCUUCCGGUGGUAAAAUAUGGCAUGCUCUUCAAUGUGACCUUGAAAAAGAAGAAGUGGAGAUCACUAAUGCUUGCUCCUUGGAGCUUCGCAGUAGUUGUCGUUCACCAAUCGCUCGGCCUGGGCGCGGCUGACACCGUGCGUCGAAGCUUUGCGAGUCUCUUCAUAGGCCAUGACUGCCAACAUGAAGAGGGUGAUCCUCGUCAGAGGCGAGAUUCGGGUUCAGAGAAGAACAUGCGCAACGGGCUGAUCGGCCCUAACGGUGCCGUGAAGCGCUGUGAGCAGUGCGGGAAGGUUACUGCCGCGCCUGUCGCAGCCUUGCUUUGCUUCAAAAAAGCUGCACGUCCGAAGGGUGCAUGCCGAUCCCUCUGGUUGCCGAGCACGGCCGCCCGCCGGAGGAGCGCGGCAUUUGCGCUCAGAGUGGGUGAGGAGGACUGGGCAUUCGUGCCCUUCGCCGUGCGUACCUCCUUUGCGUUGCCGGACCUGCUUGGGCGCACCCCGCCGGACAUUGGCCGCGAGCCACGGGAUGCUGUAGACGUCCCAGUGGAUCCAGGCCUCUGGGUGCCCUCCUUCCAAGCUCCUGGAGUACUGGCUGCCAGUGCAGCGACAGCGUCGGUGCUGAAGGCAGCGGCCCGGCGGUUGCGCGCAGUGGCUGCUCCAUUGGAGGCGCCGCCAGCUCCUGUAGCUCCACCUGAGGAAGGCAACAAAGGCGCGGAUGAGAGCCUGGCUGCCAAGGUGAGGGGCGACUUCCCAGCGUUGAGCACCGAGGCUUAUCCAGGAGUUCCAUUGAUCUAUCUGGAUUCCGGGGCCACAUCUCAGAAGCCGACCUGCGUUCUAAGGGCGUUGACUGAGUACUAUGAACAUUCUGCCAACGUCCACAGGGGUGCCUAUGCGCUGGCCGAGAGGGCCACGGAGGCCUUCGAGCAUGCGCGCAGCUCUGUGGCCACACUGAUCGGGGCCGGCAGCGCGCAAGAGAUUGUGUUCACCAGUGGCGCCACGGAUGCCAUCAACCUGGUCGCUGAGAGCUGGGGAAGUCAGAACCUGGGCCCUGGAGACGAGGUUCUCAUCACAGUCAUGGAACAUCACUCCAACAUUGUUCCCUGGCAGCUUGCAACGCAGAGGACUGGAGCAACGUUGAAGUAUGUGGGCAUUACCGAGGAGGGCACUCUUGACAUGGAAGAGUUUCACCGCUUGCUGAGCCCACAGACGAAGAUGGUGGCUUUUGUCCACAUCUCAAACACUCUGGGCUGCAUCAAUCCAGUUAAGGAGAUCGCAGAAGCUGCACAUGCCGUGGGUUCCAAGGUCCUUCUGGAUGCGUGCCAGUCCGUCCCGCACCUGAAGAUCGACGUGCAAGAUCUCGGUAUCGAUUUUCUCGUUGCUUCCAGUCAUAAGAUGUAUGGACCGACUGGUGUUGGAUUCCUGUGGGGUCGGCCAGAGAUCCUUGAGGCCAUGCCUCCCUGGAAGGGCGGAGGGGAGAUGAUCAAAGAGGUUCACAUGGAUAUGUCAUUCUAUGCAGAUGUGCCAGCACGCUUUGAGGCAGGAACUCCGCCCAUUGCACAGGCUGUCGGUUUGGGUGUUGCCUGCGACUACCUUUUGGAGCUUGGCAUGGACAAAGUUGAGGCUUACGAGCAGAGCUUGGCGCGUUACUUGUGGGAGUCGUUGUCGGCUGUUCCUGGACUGCGGCUGUACGGACCUCCAGCGUCAGCUGGCCGAGCCGCCCUGGUAGCCUUCAACGACACGGAGCCUGACAUCUACCCCCAGGACGUGGCAGGAGUCCUUGAUGUGGAUGGCGUAGCUAUCCGCGCUGGGCAUCACUGUGCACAGCCACUUCACAGGGCGCUGGAGGCUACGUAUGGAUCAGCAAGAGUAAGUUGUGCCUUCUACAACACGAAGCAGGAGAUCGACAAGUUCGUGAAAUCCUUGACAGAGGCUCUCGAGACUGUAAGGGCCGGCGAGGGUUGCGUUUUUGACCCAGAUGACCCAGAAUCCUGCAACUGCUCGAGUGGGAGGAUGCGAUCCUGA